AUGCUGUAUAUUCUUUCUUUCUUUCUUUCUUUCUUUUUUUCUUUCUUUCUUUCUUUCUUUUUUUCUUUCUCAAAGUCUUUAAUGUUCUUCUGUUUUAUAUCCUUCGUAUUUUUUUUAUUUUCUUUCUUUUUAUCGUUUUCUAGCUCGCUAACUUUGUUAUUUUCUUUCAUGUUUUCUUUCAUGCAUUUUCUGUCUCUCUUUAGUACAUUUUUAUUUCUUUCAUAUAUUUUCUUUCUUCUUUUCACGUUUUAUAUUUCUGAAACAUACUCCCUUUAUUUCAUAUAUUUUUCAUUAUUUCUUUUUUAUAUUUUCUUUUUUUCUUUCUUUCAUUUAUUUUCUUUCUUUCAUUUAUUUUCUUUGCAUUUUUUCUUUUAUACGUUUUCUUCCAUUUUUCUUUGCCUGUUUUUUUUUUUCCUGAUUAUUUCCUUUCUUCCUCUCUUCGUUCUUUCCUUCGUAUAUUUUCUUUCCUUGCUUCAUACAUUCUCCUUCUUUCAUAAAUUCUCCUUCUUUCAUAUAUCCUCUUUCUUUCAUACAUUCUCCUUCUUUCAUACAUUCUCCUUCUUUCAUACUUUCUCCUUCUUUCAUACAUUCUCUUUCUUUCAUACAUGUCUUCUUUUUUUCGUUCUUAUGCUUUAUUUUUUUAUUCGUCUAUGA